UAUUGAUAAAUCCAAUAUUGCGAUCAUUUGUUUACCUAAGACGUGCGAUAGUAACUAUGGUGUAGUGUUAUAAUUUAUAGGAAUAGUCGGUCAAUAUUUCCAUUUUACCUGUAGCAGCACAGUGAAUAUCAUGGCAGAGUCGGAUCGCGGAAUAAGCUCAUUACAGCCCUCAAUCUACAAAGGAUCUGCGGAUGAUUUCGAUCACAGCUGUGGUCAAUGCAUUGUAGACGGGCAUGAAGUAGAAGCCCAUGGAUUUUGUGCGGAUUGUCAUGAGUACCUUUGUGUCACUUGCUUCAGGGCACAUUGCAGAAACAAAGCAUCAAGGCACCAUAAGCUACUAGGAAAUGAUGCCUUAUCAAAUGUCAGAAUAGCCCAGGUUUCUUCUGAAAUAUGCACAGAAAAAUGUUCAGUACACAUAAAUGAAAUUGUAAAGUUUUUCUGCUCAAAACAUGAAGCACUGUGCUGCAAUGACUGUGUGAUUCUUAAUCACAGAAAUUGUGAGAUUGACUAUAUUCCUGAAACAUGUUCUUCGAUAGAAGAAUCUGCAGAGCUUCGGGAAACAUUACAAGAAUUGGAUACAACGCAGAAAACAUCAGAUAACAUUAAAAUAGCCGCACAGAAAAUAGAAGGAGAGUUAGACUCAUCUACAGAAACUGUCAUAAAAGACAUCCGUGUGUUUGAACAAGAGUUACAUGAACACAUAGUAAAACUUCGAAAGAAAGUUGAAAGCGAAGUGGAAACAAGACGAUCAACAAAUAAACAAAUAGUGAAGAGUGUCAUUGAUACGUGUGAUAAAAUGUCAUCCAACAUGGAUCAACUUCGGAAGGGAAUGCUUGACAGCAAAAAGGAGCGUAAUCUUGCACAACUUUAUAUAGCUAUAAAGAGGUCCAAAAAUGCUUUGAAGUCUGAGAAACUAAACGAAUCUAUAAAAAUGUUAAGCGAUACAAGAACACGGUUUCAGUUCGAACGAAGUGUAGAUAUAGAGACAUUGCAAGAGAAGACGUUAUGUUUAGGAGCGCUUAAAGACACCGGUUACACAUGUAGAGAUGCUAUCAUUAACAGGAGUAAAAAUAAGAAGAUGUGUUGUACGGUUUUAUAUGUUGGCUCAUCCCAUAUGACAUUCGGAUUUUCGGUUCAGUCAGAUCCACAGCGCAUGUUUUCGAUGACAUGGUGUGUUGGAGGAAUCAUGUCAAACAAAGUACCUACAAGUUUGCUUAUUAAUCCUGACGGAAAAUCAGUGUGUGCGUUCGGGUAUGAGGCAGACCAGAAAUACAACGAUCUUGUUGUGAAUGCAGAAGAAGAAAAUUUUUUCUACUUCCGCGGGGACUAUAUUUUGAGUAUGUUCCGAGACAUGGACGAAAAGAGAACAUUUGUCCUUGACGUGUCAGGAAAACAGUUGCCGAGUAUAGUAAUACUGUCUACCUUGAUUAGGGUUUUGAAAGAUGAAGCAUUUAGCUGGAUCAGAAAAAGUAUUCAUAUUCUUGAAGACGAUGUGUACUUUGUAAUCACAGUUCCAGAGAGAUUUGAAACUUCGAGAGAUGCUAUGGAAGAAGCAGUCUUACAGGCUGGGAUUGAUUCUGGAGAGCUUACCAUUGCGUUCGAAACGGAAGCAGCUUUCAUGUACAUUCAAGAUGAUAGUAAUUACAAAUCUGGAGUAAGUCCAGUUAAACAGUUUCGAAAAGGAACCAGAUUUCUCGUACUCGAUGCUAGAGCCAAACUGUUCACAACUACAGUUUAUGAAGUAUGCGGGAACAAAUCAACGCAGCUGUAUCAUGAGGCAGUUGAAUCGUGCGGUGGCGACAGCGUUAGGGAGGAAAUAGAGAAAUUCAUGUCAACUAAUUUUGGACAUGAUAUUAUGCAGAAAUUUAUGACUACAUGCCCAGAAGACUAUCGUGAUAUGAUGUCUUCCAUCCACGAAAGAGUUUCAGUGGUUAAAACUCAAAAGAAUCACCCUGACAUAAGGAAUGUCUGGGCAUACAAGUUAUUCGAUUUUGUACAGGAACAUACUGGUGGAACUGUUAAAGACCUAUUAUGCAAACAAACUACAGAAGGAAAGAUUAAAGUGUCAGGCGAAGGAUUCGGAAUUGAUUCUAGCAUCUGGAUACAGUUUUUCCAGCGUUCUAUAUCAACCAUCGCUUCUCACAUACACUCCAUAUUACAAGACAAAGCAGGGUUGGGCUGUACCGCAUUAGUGAUGAUUGGGGGCUUUUCUAACUCCCCUAUUCUACAGAAUGGCUUGGGAAGAGAGUUUCCAGAUUUACAAGUUAUCGGUCCUAACUCCCCAGAGAAUGCCGUUAUAUUAGGAGCUAAUGCUUUGGGUAUAUAAGAAGGAAUAACAGGUUAAUAAUUAGAGGUAAGCUACAUAAAGCUUAAACAGAAUGUAAGUGGUCAGAGAAAAUUUCAGACAAGCACAAUAAUUGGCAAGGCUGCUUUACUAGCACAAGAAGCAUGAUUUUUUAAUAUUUCGAAAUUUCUUUUAUCUUGAGAACUGUAAACAUACAAAAAGGCAUAUCUAUUCUUAAGCAUGCAUUUUUCAUGUAUAACAAACAGAAUUUAAUGUUUGAUACAGUGUGAAAUUUCUCAUAUUUGGUGUGUAGAAUAUAUGCAGCAAUUGAAUUACCCUAACUUGCUAUAUUUUAUGUUUCGAACUCCAUAAUAGCCAUUUUUUCCAGCUCAGUUCUCGAAAGAAUUACACCAAUUGAAAUUUGUGCAUUGCAUAGUUUUCUUCUUUAUUGCAUUUUCUUACAAUUACAUUCACUUUGAUUCGAACAUUGGGUUUUUUUGGACUAAGCUUUCAUAGAGUAGUAUCUUUGGACUGAUCACCACCUAAAACUUGGCGGUUUUGUUAUAAGCGUAGCAGAAUGGUUAAGAAUGGAAACGGACCUCAAAUCAAACUUUUAUCAUAAUGAUAUUUUGAUCAUUGAACAUUUAGCUACUACACAGUAACAUAAACAAGUUUAACAAAACAUAUGCUUUCUCAAAUAACAGUUCAGGUAGGUUAUUGCUUUGGAACAAAUGCUACAUUUCACUUUGGCAAAACAUUAUACACUAUUUUAAGAAAUUCCAUAUAAGAUAAAAUUUUAAAGUAAAUGUCCAUGGAAGCACUGAGCAUACCAGCUACUUGAAUGAAAUAGCAAUCGGAGUAGUUCAGAUGCACAUCUGUGUCACGAGAAAUCAAACAGAUUCUUGUUGAUAAUUUGAAAAACGGUGUAUAUACAGCCAAAGUAACGAUGCUGGAUUAAACAUUGGAAACAGAACUGAUCGUGAGAGAAAUCGCCAAGAGACUUUCAGAUGAUGUAUAGUGCUGCCAAAAUCCGACACCAGGAUAAUUUGCACGAUCGCCCAAAAUCUCCAAGGGUCUUGCUCUUGAUUUUGAAACACAAAGUGAUUUAUUUUCCGUUUGUUACAGAUUUUAUAUGAAAGAACUUUAAGUAACUACCUUUACAAUUUUGAUGAUAUUGAGCCAUUGUUGUAAGGACAAAAAUAAUAAUGAUGGAAGGUAGAAAUCAGAUUAUCUGCCUAUCUUUUUUAAAGGACUCGGUACGUUUUACAUUAAAAAAUGGCCCAUCACAAAAAUUACUAUUAUUUGUCAUGCGAAGAUUACAAACUUUUAACAACAAGAAACUGAAAAUAAUAUUCAGAUAUAUCAAAAACUCACCUUUCUACAGGAUAUUUACCGGCACGACCGUUCGAUCGAGAACAUCGUCUGCUCAAUUCAUUUUGACGCCGCGCGGAAUUCUUCAUUUCCGGCUUAUUACAUUUUCUCAGAUAGGUAUCCUCGGAUCCCCAGACUUUGUGAUACUAAGGCAAUAUUUAAAUAUAACAGAUACACAAGGAUAUAAAUAUAUAAAAUUGCUACUAACAUGUAAAAUCCAAUUAAUUUUAAUCCUAUUCAUGGAGAAAUCCUCCACACAACAAGACACAAAUAGUCAAUAAACACAUUUCAUAUGUACAACUGCUGCAUAAUGUCCGCCAUCUUGAUAUUCCAAACUUCGUGACGUCAUAAAAAGCGCCUGCUACUUAAGGCCAGGCAUAUUAAACACAAUAAAACUACCGGUUCCUGACAUAAAAAAGAGUGAAUGUAAACUAGCAAUUUCAACAGUUCAGUGUUUUUGACAAAAGGUUAUUCCCCUAAAGGAGGAAAACAGUGUGGGAAGAAAAACUUAUCGUCUCCCUUCACAGAGCGUACACUGCUACAAUAUUUACAAGGUUUACCAUUCACUACCCCAUCAUUUUUAGCCCAUUUAACAAAUUCAGCUACCCCUUUCCUAACCAACUCCUCUGCUUCAAAGGUCGUAUGCCAGCCCAGCCUAAAAGAACAGAAAAAAUCAAAGAAAUAACCUAAGGGACAUGGGUAACAACAGUCAAGUAAUAAAAAUACGCUUGGCCUUAAAGCGCAUCAUUGACGACCUUGACCUUUUAACUGUAAGCAGUGCAGACGAAGGAGUAUUGGAAAUGAUUUAACAAUAUUUAGGGUCAAAUUAGGGGUUUCUCUAACAGAAUCAUUUGGGAAUAGCAGAAUUCACCAAAAUAUAGAGGUAUUGUAUUUUUCUAGUUGAUUUACCUGCUUAAAUGGUAUUUUUCCACACGAAGUGGGUGUUUCCGUUUACAUCUGUCAGUCUUGUUUAUUCAUGAAACGUUUGAAUAGCCUAAUAUAUUAAUAUUUACUGACAUAGAGUCAAAUGGAAUUUGAAUUGCUCGGACACAUAUUUUCGCUAGAACUCGCAAACUCUUUAAUAUACAGAAUAUAUUUAUUUGUUUUAGUGUAAGCUUCAAAUAAAUUUCACCGGGUGAACACUAUAAUGCAAUAUUUUCACGAGUGGCGCAGCCACAUUGUCAAGUGAAAAUGUUAAUAUUAUUGUGUUCACGAGUGAAAUAUAUUUUGAUCUUACACUAAAACAAACAUUUUCUAUAAUAAUUUAUGUUUUUUUUUAUUUUAAUGGUUUUAACCAAAUGUUAUCUAGUUUGUCCGCACAACUUCACGUGCAUCGAAUCAUGACGUCAUAAUGUCGUGACGUCAGGAUAUCCUUAUAGAAAAACUGUAAAUAGUUCUAUUACUUUUCCUGAUUUCUGUUACACUUUGUUAUGAGGGAAUGUUUAUAUUUAUCAUAUUGUUAGUUUUUCUCUACAUCUGUAUUUUUACUGAAGUAUAUUUUUUAUGGAAUUUUCUAUUAUUUAUAAUUGAUAUUCUUUCGCAUUCAAGUGCUGUUCCGUACCAGUGAAAAAUAAAAAUGAUAUUUUCACUGUUUAAAAGAGUAAUAAUAUUAAUUUUAUUUAUUACAUGAGUACUUAUAAAUAGUAACAAAUUUGUGCUAAAAAUUCUCACAUUAUCGCAUUGCGUCAUGCAUGAUAGAAAAUGUGUAAUAUGUAAUAAGCUAGAAGAUGAAUAUCAUUUCAUACUUGAAUGUUCAGUGUACUCUGAUUUAAGAAAAAUUUACAUACAUAAAAGGUAUUAGAAACAUCCAAAUAUGUUAAAAUUUAUUGAGUUGUUAACGCUAGAGAAUGUUUUUUUGUUCGAAUAUACAAACGGUAUUUCUAUAUAAUAAUAAAUUCAUUGUCAUAUAUGCACUUUUUAUAGCAAAAUGAAAUGCACUUUUUUGUCAAUAUCAGUUUAAUGCACACGUGUUAUAAUAUAUAUAACAGUAAUGAUAUAUGUUACAUGUAUUUUUAAAUUAAAUUAUGCAGUUUAAUUCAUAUUUGUAGGCAGAUUUUGUAGAUAUUCGCACAUGUAGCUAGGAAGUAAAUUAAAUAAUAUACUCUGAUGUAAAUAUGCAGAUGUUAUGUAUAUUCGAAUAUGUUACUUGUAAGUAAAUUAUGUACUUACUAUAUGUAGAAAUUGUUGAUAUUCGCGUAGGUAACUUGUAUGUAAAUUAAUUAUGUACUUUAAUUCAGAUUUCAUUGGUAUUCGCAUGCUCCUUGUAUGUUAAUUUUGCACGCGUUGUUGAUAUUAGCGUUUGUUACAUGUUAGUAUAAUAACUUGCUAUAAAUGAGUGUCAUUAUUGUCCCUGAUUAACAUCAAUAACCACUUACUAAACUUGCAUGUGUGUAAAAAAAGAUGGAAAUGUCACCGAGUAAAAGUACCUAUAAACAGCAGUAUGAUGAAUGAUGUUUUAGCAAUAUGUCGCCAGAUUCGUCGGAUAGAAGCGAUGUAAGCAUUUUUGUUUGUAUAAUGUACCUGUGCAAAUUUCUUUAGUCUUAUAAUUUGUACCAGAAUUACACAUACACUCACUAAACUAUCUUAUUUGUACAAAAUGUUUUAUAAGGAGCUUCGGGAUACCAAAGCCAUAAUUGCUUUUAUUAUACCUCUCUUUUGCCUACAAUGAUAAAAUUCCAUUACCCGAGAGAGAGAUAUUUUGACUAUCAAAAACAUUUUCAACCUUUUUGACACGUGACCAAGCGAAAUUAACUGUCAGGUCAUGUGACCGCGCUGAUAUUUUGAAUGUCAUAUAAGGGCAAUUAACUCCUUCAAUUUUUUAGCCAUAUGAUUGCCUCCCUUGUACACAUAUAGUAGUGACGUCACAAUUUAAUGUGUACACAGGCGAUUACCGCGCUAAA